AUGCAGUCGAAGUUGGUUACGGCGAAAGUUACUCCAAUGAGAAGAUGCUGUGUUGAAGAUGGACUAUUUAACAUACCGGCAGCAGCUGCUCUGCGCCGAAACAGCUAUACCUACUUUGCCGUCAACGGUACUGCUGCGGAGGCUCUUCGUCCUAGGCCUCACCCGUCGCUGGCGGCUUUCCUAGACGCAGCGACACUGCCUCUUCACCACUAUUACCCCUCUGGAAACUUGUUCUUCUACGCUUGCUCUUUCAACUACCCGCAAUAUCUCUUCGAUAAUAACGCGGCGGACCUGCAGGAUACGCCGGUGGAUAGUCUGGUGAACCUCUAUGAUGGCGGAAUGAAUAUUGAAGCCGGCGGCGGCUCGCUCCCUGGCGAGCCAGGCUUGUUCAACUGUGAGAAGUUCGGGUGCUGGGAGUGGCGGCCCUAUAGUGAUGCCCAGGUUGGUACUUGUAUCGCCGCGUGGGACCGGCUGUGUGAGACCAUCGAGGCGCGCAUCUCGAGUAGCACCACCGGCAGUGCGGUUGAUAAUAAUAACCGCCAUGAUUCAGAGCCGUCCCCGGUCCCCCCGGCUGUCUUGGACGCUGCUUUAGUGUCUGAUCCUGGUUUUGCGCGUGCCUUUCUGACCCGUGCACGACGGCCUCUAUUCCACCGCAUUGCUCCAGGGCUCGUCUUGCCCGCGAUGGACGAGGCUGGAUUUACUAUAGAGCAACCCGAGUCUGUUGAGCGGGAUCGCCUCGAUAACGCGGAGGAAGGGUUUCGGCUGUUACUUCCCUUUAGCUUCAAGGAGCGUCAUGGGGAAAACACUGGUUUGGGCGCGCGGAAGAGCGACGGGUCUCUUGUGGGCGGGGUGGGAAGCCUCUUUCAGCAUGGAUACAAACCCUUUGGCGGCGACAACUACCGCCCCCAGCGGUUGGAAUGUUUGUUCAAUUGUUGGCGCAAGCUUGUAGACGAUGGCGUCUGGUCGGUUGGGCCGGAAGGGGUAGAAGGCACCAUUGAUACGUUCAGGGAGGCUGACGGAGAGCGUUGGAAGCACUAUUAUAUCCCGCCCUCAUGGUAA